UAUGGCUCGCAUCAAGUAGAAUGUGUUUGUUUCUGGUUUCACUCAUCACACGUUCUGGCUAAGCACCACUUGGCGUGCUUGGCCGCCGAUGUGUAACCGCUAACACCAUCAGCACCGUUUCCAACACUAGGCAAGGUUCGUGGCGCUUGUGAGCUGCAUGAGGACAGCGCGGUCGUUGUUCGGACGGCGGCGCUCGUUGGUUGUGUCCUCACGACAGCCCCACAAGUGGAGCUGACACGGUCUCUCGACAUAGUGACAUGCAGCAUGCAGAGAAGGAUAUAAAGCAGUUCGACAACGGUUGAGCGCUCGACACACGACAAAAUGGCCACCUCCCAGCCGCAAGUGCCACUCAGUGAGAAGAACGAGGGACGCUAUGGGCGCCCUGCGUCGCCCCGCACCCCCGAGACCCCGGACUCGGAAGCGGAGAAGAAGCAGAUGACGUUCGACACGCUUGGAGACGAGGCGCUCGUCGAUGAGGACGCCCCGCCCGCUAUUAUCAUUCCCCUAAAGUACCGUAUCACGGCUAUUGUUCUUAUUAUCCUCUUCGGCACUGGCAACACGUACGCCGGCUUCGUCCUUGGGCCCCUCAAGACUCGCCUCGUUCGCGAGCUUAAAAUCACCAACGCGCAGUACUCUGUCGUUUCGUCCGCCUCGUCCCUCAUCAACACUCUGUUGCCGAUUAUCGGUGGCUCCAUUAUUGACCGUUAUGGAGGCUCGCGCAUUGCUCUCGGCUCGUCCGUUCUCUGCGUCGCUGGCGCCGUCCUCAGUGCUUGCUCCUCAAUCGACAACAGGUACACCCUGCUCGUCGGUGGUGAGAUCAUCCUCGGGUUCGGCUCGGCUAUCCAGGACAUCUGCCAGUACAAGCUGUACCCGCACUGGUUCGCCGGUUCGCACAUGGGCCUGAUCUUCGGUGUCAACGUCGCAUGGUCGCGCAUUAUCCAGCUCGUGGCCCGUCUCUCCGCUGUGCCCAUGGCCGACAUUGGCCCCGGCCGCUACUGGGGCUGGGCCUUGUGGAUUCCGACCAUUACCACAUUCGUCUCUGGCUUCUGCGUGUACGCGUACUACUUCUUCGAGAACCGCAUCCUUCCCGCUGAGUACCGCCCGGCCAAGCCGGAGGUGCGCAACGACCAGACCCUCCUCAACGACUGGAAGGAGACGAUCAAGAGCAUUGUCCUCCUUCCUAAGUUCUACUGGAUUAUGAACGUGACGCAGAUGCUGCAGGGUGGCGCAACCCGCGUGUGGCUCCGCAACGUCGCCGACAUCCAGGUCAAGAGCCGUGGCACGUCGGAGCAGGCGGCAGGCUACAACGCCGCGCUUCAGACCGUCAUUCCCAUUGUCCUCACUCCCGCGACCGGCUUGUUCUUCGACAAGAUUGGCUGGCGCAUGGUCUUCGUUACCACCACUUCCCUCAUCUGGCUCCUUGUGUGGGGCCUCGCGGGCUUCACCAAGAUCAACUUCCUCGCGCCUGUCCUCAUCUCCUCAUUUGCCUACGUCACCAACCUCAUCCCCUUCAUGGCGACGGUGCCGAUCCUCCUCCCUUCCAACGAACUGAUGGGCACGGCCUUCGGCGUGUGGCAAUCGUUCCAGAACGCCGGCACGCUCAUCAUGGACGUUGCGUCGGGAGCGAUCCAGGACGGCACCCCCGGACAACAGUACGACCGUGUCUUUAUUGUCAUCAUGGUGUUCAAGGCGUACGACGCGUUCCUCGGCCCAUUCUACGACUGGCUUGAUGGCCGCUGGCUCGGCCACCAGCUCCGUAUGCCCGAGCGCAAGCGCCGCGACAAGCUCGUCCAGCUCGAGAUCCGCGGGCAGACGUACGAGGGGCACCAGCGCAGCAAGUUCUGGAUCUGGACCGGUUGCUCCAUCCUCUCCGCCAUGGUCGUCACUGGUUGGGCGCUGUACAUCAUUUACUCGAUGCCGCGGUAGUAGGACAAUACGCAGAUGUAUCUCGCUCGUUCACAAAUAUGA